AUGAAUGUUUUUAUUAAGUCUGUUUUUCUUGUUUUACACUCUUUCUAUGUAACAUCAACCAUUGCUGGCAUUUCACCUGUUCAUGAUUUCACUAACAGAAUAAAUUUAAGAAGUAAGGGUGAUCGUUUGCUGCUAACUUCACCUCAUAAAGUUAUUAAGCAUCUGGACAACAGCAUCCUAAAAGCUACUAGAAAUGUGACUCAAAAUCCAGAAAUGGAAGAAAAUCUUUAUCAAAUAUCCAAAGAUUUAGUUUCAGCAAUUCUAUCUAAGCUUGAGAUACAGGAUAAAAUUACUAGAAUAACUAGGGAAGCCCUCGAUGCUCCUGGAAAAACUAAAGGUGUCACCGCCAUAGAAACAAGACGAAUACUAGAUUACAUAUCGAGAACAUUAUCCGGGCAUAUUCUUACAAUAACUAGGGCAUCUACUGAAUCUGAGCUACACAGGUUGGUAUUUGGCUUAGCACAAAUAGCAGCAGAGGUAUCAAUUGUGUCCGCUUUAAAAGACAUAACAUAUGCAACAGCAUUAUCAAAGAAACAAUCAGUUGAUUUAUCUUUACGUAAAAAGCGGUCUAUCCCAAUAAAAGAUGAGAAAAUUGAAACAACGCCUCCACCAUUCAGUCAUCAUUUCACAACAGUUUUUGGUCCCAUUUUGAAUAGCUUAUUCGGAUCUACUACACAAUCACCUAUAGUCCAUAAAGAAACUAGAAAAAUGUCUCCAUACUCAAUAAUUGCGACCAAUGAAAGAAAUCCCGUAAGAAUAUUAUCUACUAAGAAAAAGGACUCGCCGCUUCCCACAAAAGGAUUUUUAAAUCAAACAAUUCUUGAUAGUGAAAAUUAUGAAAGGAAAAUUAAUGAGAGCGAAGCAAUAGUUCUUAAAAAUAAAUUAAACGGAACAGAGUUCGUAACAGUUGAUGGACAUACUUUAGAUACAAAAGAGUCAAACGUGCCAAGUCUUGUGGAUGAUUGGAUAGAUCCUAGAGAAAAUAUUUACGCCCUGAAUCCCGAUGUUGUUGCAGAAAUGGAAAUAGAACAACCUGAUAUAGAAGACGAUGGAAUUAACGAAAAGAAAAUAAAACAAAAGUUAGAACGGAUGGAGAUGAAAGCUAAAAAGGCUAUUUUGUAUGCUGGAGACGUGGCUUAUUUAACCGCAGCUAGCGUUGUAGCUAUGAGGCGUGCUCUAACAGCGUCUAUAGAAGUUAAUAUGUCAGUGAAAUAUGCGAAGAAUGGUAUGUCAAACCACCAAGAUUUAAUGAUGAAUCUAGCAAAAACAGCUGCACAGCAAGCUGGGAAAGAGGCAAAGAGUGCAACAUCAAAAUCGUUAGCAUGUGAGCGUGUCAUUAAAUUGGCUUUAAAAUACACUGCGCAGUCUAAAGGAGCUGUUCUUAACCAUGUCGCCAAUCGAGUUGUUAUGGACACAUUGUCCCUUGCAACUCUAGCUAAAUCUAUGGCAUUUGUGUCUUCAGAUAUAGCUAUCAAUUCUUUAUACCAAGCUACAGAUGUUAAACCACCUGCUUAA